CAGACGCCUCGCAGACGUGCACUUGUUAUUAUUGUAAGAGCUUAGUACUGCUGUGUAACUGCGACGAAAUAGCUGCAGCUAUACUUUUUGGAUCUCUUUAAUUUAUCCGUUGUCAGUUUUUAUCUCUCUCUCUUUCUCUUACUCUCGACAUUCGAGGUAAUGAUUAGUAUCAGGGUAUGUCAACUCUUCGCUUAAACAUGGCCAAGCUAACGAGAUCGGUUUGGGGCUUGUCCUCGAACUUCGCAUCGAACCAGUACUUUUCACGGUUAUUGGCUACACCAUUGACAACUAAUCACAGCUUUGGAUUGAGCAAAUUUUCAACUAAAACAGAAAAUGACGUUUGCGAAGAUGAAAUCAUUAUCAGUGACAGUUGCAUCAAAAGACUGAAAGAAAUUAUGCAGGAUGGCAGUUGUUUGAGGGUUACUGUAGAAGGUGGUGGAUGUUCUGGCUUUCAAUACAAAUUUGAUCUUGAUUCCAGUAUUAAUGAAGAUGAUAAAGUCUUUCAAAAAGAUGGAGCCAAAAUUGUCAUAGAUUCAACAUCUUUAGAUUACAUUAAAGGAGCUACUAUUGAUUAUCAUACUGAAUUAAUUAGAUCAGCAUUCAGAAUAAUAAAUAAUCCUUUGGCUGAGCAUGGAUGCAGUUGUGGAGCUAGUUUUUCUAUUAAGUUAGACUGAAGAAUAUAUAGACAAUAUUAGGCCUAUAUGAAUUUUUAAGUAUACUUAAAUUUUGUGAUCUGUGAAGCAUA